CCCGCCUCCACCCUUUCUACGCCGCCGCCGAAGCCGCGCCGCACCGCCGAAGCCGCCGCCGCCGCAAAUGGCCGCCGCCGCUCGACCCCUGGUCUCCGUGAGGCCCCUGGAGGGCGACAUGGCCACGGACUCCGCCGGCGCCCCGCUGCCCGACGUCCUCCGCGCGCCGAUCCGCCCCGACAUCGUCCGCUUCGUCCACAAGCUCCUGUCCUGCAACAGCCGCCAGCCCUACGCUGUGUCGCGCCGCGCUGGCCACCAGACCUCCGCCGAGUCCUGGGGCACAGGGCGUGCGGUCUCCCGUAUCCCCCGUGUUCCAGGCGGUGGUACCCACCGCGCCGGCCAGGGAGCAUUCGGCAACAUGUGCCGGGGCGGACGCAUGUUCGCGCCCACCAAGAUCUGGCGCCGCUGGCACCGCCGCGUCAACGUGCACCUCCGCCGCGUUGCCGUCGCAUCUGCCCUCGCCGCCACCGCCGUCCCAUCCCUCGUACUCGCCCGCGGCCAUCGCGUCGAGUCCGUCCCCGAGCUCCCUUUGGUCGUCUCCGACUCCGCCGAGUCCAUUGAGAAGACCGCCCAGGCCAUCAAGAUCCUCAAGCAGCUCGGUGCCUACGCUGAUGCCGAGAAGGCCAAGGAUUCGGUUGGCAUCCGCCCUGGCAAGGGGAAGAUGCGCAACCGCCGCUACAUUAACCGCAAGGGUCCCCUCAUUGUCUACGGCACCGAGGGCUCCAAGAUCGUCAAGGCUUUCCGCAACCUCCCUGGCGUUGAUGUUGCCAAUGUGGAGCGCCUUAACCUGCUCGACCUCGCCCCUGGUGGCCACCUUGGCCGGUUCGUGAUCUGGACCGAGUGCGCGUUCAAGAAGCUGGACGAGGUGUACGGGACCUUCGAAACGCCAUCGGUAAAGAAGAAGGGUUUCGUGCUCCCGAGGCCUAAGAUGGCCAACGCUGAUCUGUCCAGGCUCAUCAACUCGGACGAGGUGCAGUCGGUGGUGAAGCCCAUCAACAAGGAGGUGAAGCGCAGGGAACCUAGGAAGAACCCGCUGAAGAAUAUGGCCGCUGUGCUCAAGCUGAACCCGUACUUUGGGACUGCACGCAAGAUGGCAGCCCUUGCUGAGGCAGCGCGUGUCAAGGCCAGGAAGGAGAAGCUUGACUCCAAGAGGACCAAGCUCAGCCCAGAGGAGGCUUCAAAGGUCAAGGCUGCUGGAAAGGCGUGGUACAAGACCAUGAUCUCCGACAGUGACUACACAGAGUUUGAGAACUUCUCCAAGUGGCUUGGUGUUACACAGUGAUCUUCUGAUCGAAGCUUUAGUAGCUUAUUAUCACUUUAAGUCAGGAACUAUGAUUUUGGUUACUGUUAUCUUAUGUCAUUUGUUAUUGGGAGUUUCAGACAUGGUAUGUCGUUUUGCUAGUUGUUUGUCGCCGGACCUUUACUUCCAUAUACCUUUUAUGAGACAGCAUAUGGCAUAUUUCAACACUAAUUGGUGCCGUCUUUUGUGGGCGUAUUGGUUGACUUUAUUAUAUUUUCAUGUUUACUCUUA